ACGGCCGGAAAAGGACUGGCAGCGCUGUGACUCACCGUGGCGGUAAUGGGCUUAUGAUUGAACUUCAUCUGGGCCGGUUAUUUACUGCAAAAGAUUUUGAAGGGGUCAGAAACCUCUCCUACUUUGGGCAGUCCCCUCCGGCCGCUAACUAGGUGCGUGCAAGGCGCCCGGACUCCUGCAGCCGCCUCCGUCGGACCUGGACCAGAGCUGUGCCCCGCUAUGGCCGCUGCCCGGCACUGCACGCUGGACUUACGGCUCGGCGCCCAAGCUGACUGCGAGGCCAUUUUGAAAAGCCUCCGGUCCGCUUUCCAAGAGCAGGGGAUGACGGAGUCACUGCACACCUGGCAGGAUCAUGGCUUUUUAGCGACCUACCUCAACAAAAACGGCAGCUUUGCCAACUUGAGAAUUUACCCACGUGGCUUAGUGUCACUGGACAUUCAGAGUUACGACGGCGCUGCACAAGCCAAAGAAGUUGACAGUCUUUUGAACAAAGUAGAAGAAAGAAUGAAAGAACUGAGUCGGGACAGUCCUGCGUGGGUGAAGCGACUGCCACCCAUAGUUCGAGGAGGGGCCGUCGACAGAUACUGGCCCACUGCUGAUGGCCGCCUGGUUGAGUACGACAUAGAUGAAGUGGUAUGUGAUGAAGAGUCGCCUUAUCAGAAUAUUAAAAUUCUACACUCGAAGCAGUAUGGAAAUAUGCUCAUCCUGAAUGGGGAUGUUAAUUUGGCGGAGAGUGAUUGGGCCUAUACCCGGGCUAUCAUGGGUAGUGGCAAAGAGGAUUAUACUGGCAAAGACGUACUGAUCCUGGGAGGCGGAGAUGGGGGCAUAUUAUGUGAAAUAGUGAAACUGAAGCCAAAGAUGGCCACGAUGGUAGAGAUUGACCACAUGGUGAUUGAUGGAUGUAAGAAAUACAUGAGAAAAACUUGUGGCGACGUCUUAGACAAUCUUACCGGAGACUGCUAUCAGGUUCUCAUAGAAGACUGUGUUCCAGUACUGAAGAGGUACGCCAAAGAAGGCAGGCAGUUUGAUUAUGUGAUUAAUGAUUUGACAGCUGUUCCAAUCUCCACAUCUCUGGAAGAAGAUUCCACAUGGGAGUUUCUCCGACUGAUUCUUGACCUUUCAAUGAGAGUACUGAAGCAGGAUGGGAAAUAUUUUACGCAGGGUAACUGUGUCAAUUUGACGGAAGCCCUUUCACUCUACGAACAACAGCUCGGGUGCCUCUAUUGCCCUGUGGAAUUCUCGAAGGAAGUCGUCUGCGUCCCUUCAUACAUGGAGUUGUGGGUAUUUUACACUGUUUGGAAGAAAGCUCAGCCUUGAAGAUCAACAUGCCCUCAUCCUGUGUGCUGCAAAUGGUCUUCUUGACCUUCAUGUGCUGCCCGUGACAUCGAACUGAGUCAGGCAAUUGAUGGUGAAUUUCUUCAAGUUCUCUUUUUUAAUCAUUAAGAAAAGCAAAUGGAAAAUGUAUAUUUUGAUGAGCUAGGGUGCUAUUUGUUUUUUUGUUUGUUUGUUUUGAAAGACAGGUGGGAGAAGGCUGCUAAAUGUACACCUAACCCCUGUAUGGUGAUUUUUUUACUUUUUAAAAAUGUGUGGGCUUUUCUUGUUUUUUUGUUUUGUUACACUUUGAAUUUGAUUGUUUGUGGGGAGUGAACAUAUUUUGUUCUGGAGGGAAAUUCUCUAUGAUGUUUCUUUCCCAAAAAGUUAUCUUAGAUAUUAGCAAUGCUUUGAUUAAAAUUAAAAAUGAUUUAAAAAGUAUGAAAGAAACCUCCCUUACUUUAAAGCCAAUACCCAGAAUCAAACCUUCUGUGUCUAUCUCACAAAACAGCAGGAGUCCCAUAGCUGAGAAGACAUUCUGGCCCAAAUCAUCCAUGUGAUAAUAUAGACAAAACUAUCCUUUCCUAAUUUAAGUAACUGGGGAGUUGUAUAGUUUAUUUUUUAAAAUUUUAAUUGUGGUAAAAUAUACAAAGUUCUGCCUUCUGAACCAUCCUGAAGUAUACUGUUCAGUAGGGUUAAGUGUAUUCAUAUUGUGUGAGACCAAUCUCCAGAACUUUUUCAUACCCAUUAAACAAUAAUUCCCCAUUUCCCCUACUGCCAGCUCCUGGCAUCCGCCAUUUUACUUUCUCUGUUAUGAAUUUGACUACUCUAGAUACCUUAUAUGAUAUAGUUUAUCUUAAAAGAACCAAAAAUAGGCCUAGCAUAAAGAAAAGAGCCACCCCUGAUUUUAAAAGUAAGUACCUAAACACUGAAUCCAAAGUCUGUGUUCUUCCCCAGUAUGUCCUUCCUCCUUUCCUCCCUCAACGCACUCAUUCACUCAUGACGGUGUGUUCCAGGAUGCGUUUAGGUCUGGGGAACACAGUGUUGAACAUGUCAGUUGUGUGAACAUAUAUGCAGUUUCCUGAGCCCAGCAGGCGACUUCAUGACUCCUUACUUUAGCUCCUGCUCUUUGGCCUGGAAGGUUCUUUCCCGCAUUGUCUAUCUGGGGAACACCCCAGUGUUUAUAAUGUGCUCACAUGCACUCAUCUUUCAAAAACCUUAUUGGACUCUAUUGCCAGUUUUUCUUUGUGCUAUGUACCCCAAAUCUACAAUUAUUAGAAUGCUUUACUAAUUUGUUUAUAUCUAAGUUACUUGAAAACAAGAACUAU